GGGAAAAUUCCAAUUUUUCAUUUAAUUUUUUUUUUAUUAUUAUUCGGUAACUAAUAUCGUCUUGCUCGUGCGCUUCGAUUGGGAAUUGGGGACRUUCAGACGUUCAGUGCUCAGUCACGACUCACUUGCGUCUGUUAGCUGUCACAUAGUUURUGUUAUCACUUUUGCUUUUCGCGUCAGUCGUAAUCACUCUAUCACUCACUCAACACACUGGUCACUGACUCAGUUUAAGUUUAACUGCGGCUGCAGCACUUCGAGCGUUCGAGCACACGGACAAUAAUUUAGAAAUCAACACUKAUCAAACGAUAAAUAAAUUACCCUACGAGACUGGACAACUGCAUUCGACGGGGUCGUCGUUUCAGCAGAAUCUCAAUCAAAUAUGGCUAUAAAUGUAUAUUCAACUAACGUGACAUCUGAUAACCUCAGUCGUCAUGACAUGUUAGCAUGGGUAAAUGAUACUUUGUCUGCAAGUUUUACGAAAAUAGAAGAACUAUGUUCUGGCGCAGCUUACUGUCAAUUUAUGGAUAUGUUAUUUCCUGGUAGUGUCCAAAUGAAACGAGUCAAGUUUAGAACAAAUCUUGAACAUGAAUAUAUACAAAAUUUUAAAAUACUCCAAGGGGCAUUUAAAAAAAUGGCAGUUGAUAAGAUAGUACCUAUAGAUAGGCUGGUCAAGGGGCGUUUUCAGGAUAAUUUCGAGUUUUUGCAAUGGUUCAAAAAGUUUUUUGAUACCAAUUACCAAAUGAAUGAUUACGACCCAGUAGGUGCGCGCAGUGGUGAGGGAAUGGGAGCAGCCGGUGCAGCAGCCAGAGCAGGUCCUGUCAAAAAACCAUCUGCGGCAGUCCCGCCUAGAAAUGCCACAACCCAAAAUCGUUUAUUCCGUCCCGCGAGUAACAGCAAUAUGUCUAAUCGUGUUCCUUCAACUAGACCAGCAGCACCUGCCAAUCUGCGUGAUAGAGGCGAUCAUAAAAUUGAUGAACUUAAUAGACAGAUGAGUGAAUUGAGAGUUACAGUUGAUGGUUUGGAAAAAGAACGCGAUUUCUAUUUUGGUAAAUUACGUGACAUUGAGGUAAUAUGUCAGGAACAAGAAAGUGAACAUCCAUUAUUUUCUAAAGUAUUGGAAAUUCUUUAUGCCACUGAGGAAGGAUUUGCUGCUCCAGAAGAGGUUGAAACUAACAAUCAUGAUGAUGAUGAAGCUUACUAAUAGAGUCUCUUAUUUAAUUUUUUUUACUUAAUUAUGAUUUUUUUUUUUAAUGAUAUUUAUUAUAUUUUACAUUACGCUAUAUAAUAAACUGCUAAAGGCACAUGUUCAAAA